AUGGAGUUCUUCGCAGGCGACUGGUCCUACAUUGGAUCAAAAGAAACGCUUUGCGACCACAUUUCGAAGACUUGCCACAUCGAGAAGGAGUAUGUGAACGGGACCUACAAUUUCCGAGCCGCGAGUAUCGCUAAAAGGAUGUCAUGGGCCGCUUCAAGGGAGACCACCAGAGUCGAAGACAUCGCAUAUUGCCUUUUAGGCAUAUUUGACGUCAAUAUGCCUAUGAUCUACGGCGAGGGCAAGAAAGCAUUCCGAAGGCUACAAGAGGAAAUAAUCAAGCUAUCCCCGGAGGACCAUUCCAUCUACGCAUGGGGAAUAGUCAACCAGCCGUCCAAUGUGUCUCUUGGCACAGCGCAGGCCAUCGAGCAUGUUGAAGCGCGGCGGCGAAAAUGCUACGGCCCUGUUUUCAACCCAUUAUUAGGUCUACUUGCAGAGUCACCGAAGCAGACCCGCGGCAACACCCCAGUCUGCAUCGGCAGGAGCAUCAAGAUUGACCUUCCCGUUCUCCCUGCCAAGCGCUGGUCUAGCUACUAUUGGCCACACUCUCCAGUUAAACAAUACCGUCGUGCCGUUGAUUCCGUGCUCCUUUGCACUACGCCCAAUGGUAAAAGGCUCAUAUUUUUACCUCUCAUAUUGUGGGGUGAUGGUUAUUUUGGCCGAACUGAAGAACUCACUACUAGUGAUGGGAUCGACAUGGAAAACGAAGAUCCUUCCACCCUGUUGAACCUGCACCAGCCUCUACACGUAGCUGCUGAAGAGCAUUUAGUUCAACCACAGCCCUAUGACAUUGUCAUACGCGAGCUGGAGGUCAUCGAGCUCAAGGAAUUGUCCUUUUGGGGAUGUGUGAUCAACCCUAGUAUCCGGCUCGAGCGAGAGAUGGUGGCUCGGACCUGA